AUGGCGAAUGCUGCCCAAUGCUACUAUUGCUUUGAGUCUCUCUUGGCUUCAUUCGAGGAUCGCGAGCCCGCUACACUGGCCGCUGUAGAAUCCCUCUGGGAACAGCACGAACAAACUAAGAAGUUAUCGAAGCUUCGAGAGCAAACCGAAGAAGAUGACACAGACCUACAGCAGUCCGUAAAUGAGAACGAAGAUGACGAUAGCAACCAAUCGUCCCAGUCAAGUAAUCGAGCAAACAAGCUGCAACUCCCCAGCGUCGGUCGUCUUCAGAGUCAACUGUCUACUCCUUCCAGCGCAGCGACCUCUUCAUCUUCCCCAUCCAAUACUUCUUCCAACUCGCUCCAGUCGAGUUCGACCAAUGUCACCACGCCAAGUGCGUUCGAAACCCCCUCCCGGCUGGAAUCGCCUGAUCAGCGGUAUCCCCUGUUCGUGACAUGGAACACCCUGUCACGAAGCGGACACAAGUCUCUGCGUGGGUGCAUUGGCACAUUCGAGGGGCAGGAGCUUGCAGCGGGGUUGAAGUCCUACGCUUUGACCUCGGCCUUUGAUGACACCCGUUUUUCGCCCAUUCCCAAAUCGCUGCUGCCAUCGCUGUCCUGCUCUCUCACCCUCCUGGGAUCCUUCGAGCCUUGUACCAAUGCUAUGGACUGGGCUCUAGGAACUCAUGGGCUGCGGAUCUCCUUUAUUCAUCGGGGCCGGCGCUAUGGCGCCACAUAUCUGCCUGAUGUCGCUGUCGAGCAGGGCUGGACUAAAGAAGAGACCGUUGAGAGCUUGAUGCGCAAGGCGGGUUGGGAUGGUGGUGGUGGUAGUGCUGCGCGGAGACUGCUACGAGGUGCGGCUAGUGGGAAUCCCCGUGCCACCAAGCCUUGGGACCAAGUCUCGGAUUUCCGUACUGUCAGGUACCAGGGCCUCAAGGCAAGCGCUAGCUAUGCGGAGUGGUGGGAGUGGCGAGAUUGGGUUCUUUCUCUAGAUGACGGAGAGGAAAUUUUGGCUUGUUCUAAGGGACAGGCAUAG